UGCAAGAUUUAUAGAUAACAUCUUGACAAAUGCAAUUUGAAAUUUCGUAGAUAUAUCUUUUUACAGUUCACAUUAGGUUAGAUUUUUGUCAGAUUAGGUUAAGUUAUUGUAUUAUCCACGUGGACUGCUUCUUGACAAUUAUUAUGUCAGAACUACUACCAUUGCCACAAAAAAAAUAUUACAGACAACGUGCACACUCCAAUCCCAUAGCGGAUCACUGCUUAGAAUAUCCUAUCAAACCGGAUUUAAUGAAUUGGGGUUCAUUAUAUCCGUUUUAUUUUGUAACUAAUGAAGGAGAGUCCAAAGAACAGAAUCUUUCACAGAAAUGUGUUGAGUUUGUAGAUAUUGGUUGUGGCUAUGGAGGACUAUUAGUUACAUUGUCAUUAAUGUUUCCUGAAAAUUUAAUUCUUGGAAUGGAGAUUAGAGUAAAAGUGUCUGACUAUGUUAUGGAUCGUAUAGCUGCAUUAAGAUCACAAAAUCCAGGACAAUACCAAAACAUUGCAUGUCUGAGGACUAAUGCAAUGAAGUAUCUACCAAAUUACUUUCACAAAGGCCAGUUGAAGAAGAUGUUUUUCUUAUAUCCAGAUCCACAUUUUAAAAAGUCCAAGCAUAAAUGGAGGAUUAUAAAUAAGACACUUUUGGCAGAAUAUGCUUAUGUGUUAACUGAAGGAGCCAUUGUAUAUACAGUGACGGAUGUUAAAGACUUACAUGAAUGGAUAGUGAAACAUUUCCAUGAACAUCCAUUGUUUGAUGAUGUUUCUAAAGAAGAAUUGGAUAAAGAUCCUAUUGUUGAAAAAUUAUAUGAAAGCACAGAAGAAGGUCAAAAGGUAACAAGAAAUAAAGGAGAUAAAUUUUUGGCUGUAUUUAAACGCAUUCCAGAUCCAUUUGAGAACAAAAUUAGUUGAUGCCAAAUACUUUAUGUACUUGUAUAUAAAUGGAGAUAUUUUUUUUGUAAUCAUUAUACAAAAGAUACCCUAAAUCCAGUCCUCAAAUAUUGGUAGUCCACAUCGUUAUUAUCUUCAUCAUUAGAU